GGUGUCGCUCACGUGACCUAAGACUUGGUCAUGUGACUAACGCUCACAGUGAAAGACAUUUUAAUCGCUCUGGUAGUACAUUCCUCUAACUGAAGCUGAAAUUUGCCUCGUUUCCUUAGAGACGGCGGCAUAAUGAGGAUGCUGAGGGAAACUCUGACUCUCCUGUUGCUCUUCGCCUGCCUGGGCCCUGCAGCCGCCGCUCGGAGCUGCUCGUCGUUUUUCUGCAGGAAAUCUCACAGAGUCAGCGGUCUGAAUGGAGUGGACCCCGGGGCUCCUCUGUUUAUCACUCCCUAUCUGGAGAAGGGCGCCAUAGAUGAAGCCAGGAAACUAAGUAUGGUUGGAAAAUUGCCUGGGGCGAAUGUCAAGAGUUACUCUGGAUACUUCACAGUCAACAAGACCUACAACAGCAACCUCUUUUUCUGGUUCUUCCCUGCACAAAUGGCACAGCAGGACAAAGCCCCGGUGCUGCUCUGGCUGCAAGGUGGACCCGGUGGCACCUCCAUGUUCGGUCUCUUUGUGGAACACGGACCUUACGUGGUGUACAAGAAUAUGUCUGUCGGUUUAAGGGAUUACUCAUGGACGAGCAGAUACUCAAUUUUGUACAUUGACAAUCCGGUUGGAACAGGUUUCAGCUUUACUGAUGAUGACAGAGGAUAUGCUCAGAACCAAGACGAUGUCGGCAGAGAUCUGUACAGUGCUUUAACACAGUUCUUCCAACUCUUUCCUGAGUAUCAGUCCAAUGAGUUUUAUGCAACUGGGGAGUCAUAUGCAGGAAAAUAUGUUCCUGCCAUUUCCUAUUACAUCCACAAGAACAACCCCACCGCAAAGGUGAAGAUCAACUUUAAGGGCAUGGCUAUCGGUGACGGACUCUGUGAUCCAGAACUGAUGCUGGGCGGUUAUGGAGAGUUCCUGUAUCAGACGGGAAUGAUAGACAAACUCCAGAAACAGUACGUGGACAAGCAGACGGACCUCGGCGUGGAACUCAUCCAUCAGCAGAAAUGGGUGGAGGCUUUUAAGGUUUUUGACUCCUUGCUGAAUGGAGACGUCGAUCCGUAUCCGUCCUUUUUCCAAAAUGCUACAGGCUGCACCAACUAUUUUAACUACAUGACAUGCCAGGAACCUGAAGACCAGGAGUACUUCUCCCAGUUUGUGACGCUGCCUGAUGUGCGGAAAGCCAUCCACGUGGGUAACCUGACCUUCCACGACGGCUCCGAGGUGGAGAAGCACCUCCUGCAGGAUGUCAUGAAGAGCAUCAAACCGUGGUUGGGGAUUCUGAUGGACAACUACAGGGUCCUAAUCUACAGCGGUCAGCUGGAUGUGAUUGUAGCAGCUCCUCUGACCGAGAGGUUUCUGCCGACUGUCAACUGGAGCGGAGCCGCCGAGUAUAAAGCCGCUCCCCGGUUCCACUGGAAGCUCCAGCCCGACGACACCGAGGUGGCAGGUUACGUCAGACAAGUCGGAGAGUUUUUCCAGGUCAUCAUCAGAGGAGGAGGACACAUCCUGCCUUACGACCAGCCGGCAAGGUCCUUUGAUAUGAUCGACAGGUUCUUGUCAACGCAGGGCUGGGCGUGAAAUGGUGCCGAUAUGGGCUUAUAGGACACACUGAUUGUGGAGUGUUGAUUUUAAAGACCUUUGAUUGUCACAACAAAUGUAAAUGAAUUGUUUCUGUAUAUAGUUUUGCAACAUCCAUCCAUCCAUCCAUUUUCUUGCACCCUUUUUCCCUCAGUGGGGUCGGGAGGGUUGCUGGUGCCUAUCU